AUGACGCCUUCCCCUCCCAUCCGUCUCAAGCUUCACCUUCACCACCUCACCACCAUCCCAACCCCCCGACUUCCCACCUCAGCAUACCCGGCGCCCCCUGAAAACAUCCACACCUUCUCCAUCCUGCCUCUGCCCAGCAAGAAAAAAAAUUCCAAAAACUCCAACAAAAAUCGACGCGAACACUUGAGCGCAACGUCCACGUCUUUUCUUCUUCUUCGCGUCUGA